AUGAAAGAUGCAAUUCUGAACGGUGAAACUGAGGCAUCGUCACUAAGCAAGCGCAUUAUUUUACCUACAACAUUCAUAGGGGGACUACGAUAUAUGAUUCAGAACUACCAAGAUGCAAUGGCAAUUUGUAGUUCAAUUGGUUAUCUAGAUUUAUUUAUAACAUUAUAUAUACUAUUGAGUUCCAAAAGCGUGGAUUACCACUUGCACAUAUACUACUAUUUCUUGCACAAGAGCAUAAAUUCCCUAGUCCUGAGAGGACCCUAUGGAAUUGCAAACAAAAAUUCACCUUACAUGGAGAAUGGUGUUUGCACUCGACAUUUUCCUAAAAUAUUUGUAAAGUUUACCACCAUCAAUAAAAAUGGAUAUCCACUUUAUAGACGUCGAAAUGAUUGUCAUACCAUUAAGGUUUCAGGUAUUCAUUUGAUAAUCGAUUUGGUUUUAUCAGAUGAUGAAUUAUCAAAGCUUACUCUAAUAGAGAUUGAACAAAUACUUAAUAGCAAUGGCAAAACACUUCGAGAAUAUGCAACAAUGCAAUUUCUCAACAUGGAUAACUUUCACAGCAUGAGAUGUGGCUCUUUGCAAAACAAAUUAAUAUUGGAUGAACUCUGUACAGGAAAUACUUUCGUUUGGAAUACUAUCUCAGCUGCUCUUAGAUCAAAGGGUCAAACUGUCUUAACAGUUACUUCAAGUGGAAAAAAUAGCUUCAUUCUUGCUACCUGGAGGAAGAACAGCUUAUUCCAGAAUAUAAGAUUAAGGUCUUCAAUAGAAGAUGAAAUUGUCAGAGAACAAAAAGAAUUUGCACAAUGGAUCCUAGAUUUAGGAGAUGGAAAGCUUGCUCAUUCAGAAGAUGGAUACAGUGUAGUCCCUAUAUCACCUGAACUCUUAAUUACAAAUUUUGAUGACCCAAUUCAUGCAAUUGUUGAAGCUAUAUAUAGUGACUACCUAAAGGAUCCCAGAGAGUUCAGCAAUUUGCAUGGCCGUGCUAUUUUGGCUCCAACAAUCAACGUUGUUAAACAGUCAAUAUUCACAUAUGGCCAACUAUAUGUUGCAGUCUCAAGAGUUACUAAGAAAUACGAACUGAAGAUUGUUAUUUCUCAUGACAAUUCAAACAAUUACACGAAAACCAACAAUAUCAUUUAUCAUGAAGUUUUCAGAAAUAUUUGA